GUUGAAUGAUGAUGAUAACACGUGUACUCUUGCCUCAUUAUCAUUAUCGUGUUGUACGUGUUUGACUUAGAGCUCUACUACAACGUCUAUGGACGUACCGAAACGCUCAGUAGGACCACGGUGUUUACGGGCCAGUUCGAUUGUCAAGAUAGUUUGCUGUUUCAUGUUUGCUUCCUUACUUUUGGAAAGUCUUCUGCGCUACCAGCAGAUCGAGGGAGCACACGUGUGGACAAUACCCCAAUCGCUGUAUCGUUACUUUCGUUUAAACGAGCCAUGCUAUCCUCAAAAUCAGGAUCAGAGGAUCAGAGAUCUUCGUCAAUUGCUGUUUCACUUCGUCGAUGUCGCCGAAACGGUAAACAUGCGGUACUGGAUUGACUUUGGUUCACUGCUGGGAGCUGUCCGUAAUGGCAAAAUCAUACCUUGGGAUUGGGAUGUUGACAUUGGCGUCCUGAAGUCGGAAAUGGAAGCGCCUCAAGUUCGGUCACUGCUUGAAAAGAGAGGAGUUCAAGUUGUCAGGCGAACAGGUUGCAAAUUUUUCUUGCGACUUGCUGAUAGUGAAGCAUUUCUAGACGCGUGCAUGCACUGGAUUAGAGACGACCAAGUAUUGAGAUGUGAGCUGACUGAUGUUUUCAGAUACCAGUUUCCUGUCAAAUGGAUUAGUCCCACUGUUCCUAUAAUGUUUGAAGGACGACAGGUACAGGCUCCGAAUCCGCCCAUGGAGAUUCUAAAGCAAGUUCGAUACCCUUACACAUACUGGUGGUCGAUGCCUCAAAACUUUUACUGCUACUUCACUGACUGGAGACUAUUUCUCAAAUUGCUGAUGUUUAUUACCAUUGGAGUGCUGCCAUUGCUCUAUCUAAUCACUUGCUGGUACAGAAGGCUGUUAGUAACACGAACGUCAAAAGGACAAGAAAUGUGAAGCUCUGAGGAUUAGUAUAGUUUUCAAACUCUUGGUGUUGUAGUAAUUUUCUAGCUUGUUUGUUGUGUUACAAGAAACUCAUUUGCAUGAGGUAGACAAAGCAUUAGCAGCCCGAUACCCUUAGACGUACUGGUGGUCGAUGCCUCAAAACUUUUACUGCUACUUCACUGACUGGAGACUAUUUCUCAAAUUGCUGAUGUUUAUUACCAUUGGAGUGCUGCCAUUGCUCUAUCUAAUCACUUGCUGGUACAGAAGGCUGUUAGUAACACAAACGUCAAAGGACAAGAAAUGUGAAGCUCUGAGGAUUAGUAUAGUUUUCAAACUCUUGGUGUUGUAGUAAUUUUCUAGCUUGUUUGUUGUGUUACAAGAAACUCAUUUGCAUGAAGUAGACAAAACAUUAGCAGCCGGAAACCAAAGUGAAACAUUAUGAUUAAAUUUUUGAACAGUAUUCAUUGCAGUACUAGAUUACAACAAGUGAGUAUAUUUUACAAUAUACUGUAGUGAUAAAAACUAUUUAAUUGAUUUAAUAUAUUCUAUUAUACCCUCUUCUUCUUUGCAUGGAAACAUUCAAA